CUCAUGGGGAUGCAAGGAUGUAGAGGAGCAAAGGGAGAGAAAAGGCCGCGGGAAGAGAGGUGGUGUGAGACCCGUGGCAGCGCUGGUCAAGGAAGGGGUCAUGGAGAUGCGGGCGGAGCGACCGGCCGGGUGCUGGCCAUUCAGGCCCGAAAACGGAGGCCGAAAAGAGAGAAACAUCCGAAAAAGCCGGAGCCUCAACAGAAAGCUCCUCUAGUUCCUCCUCCACCACCACCACCACCACCACCACCACCACCACCACCACCCCUGCCAGACCCCGCUCCCCCAGAGCCGGAGGAGGAGAUCCUGGGAUCAGACGAUGAGGAGCAAGAGGACCCUGCAGACUACUGCAAAGGUGGCUAUCAUCCAGUGAAAAUUGGAGACCUCUUCAAUGGCCGGUAUCAUGUUAUUAGGAAACUAGGAUGGGGACACUUCUCUACUGUCUGGCUGUGCUGGGAUAUGCAGGGGAAAAGAUUUGUUGCAAUGAAAGUUGUAAAAAGUGCCCAGCAUUAUACAGAGACAGCUUUGGAUGAAAUAAAAUUGCUCAAAUGUGUUCGAGAAAGUGAUCCCAGUGACCCAAAUAAAGACAUGGUGGUACAGCUAAUUGAUGAUUUCAAGAUUUCAGGCAUGAAUGGAAUACAUGUCUGCAUGGUCUUUGAAGUGCUUGGUCACCAUCUCCUGAAGUGGAUCAUUAAGUCCAACUACCAGGGCCUCCCAGUGCGUUGUGUGAAGAGUAUCAUUCGUCAGGUUCUUCAAGGUUUAGAUUAUCUACAUAGUAAGUGUAAGAUCAUUCAUACAGACAUAAAGCCAGAAAACAUCCUGAUGUGUGUGGACGAUGCAUAUGUGAGAAGAAUGGCAGCAGAGGCCACUGAGUGGCAGAAAGCAGGUGCUCCUCCUCCUUCUGGGUCUGCAGUGAGUACGGCUCCACAGCAAAAACCUAUAGGAAAAAUAUCUAAAAACAAAAAGAAAAAACUGAAAAAGAAACAGAAGAGGCAGGCUGAGUUAUUGGAAAAACGCCUGCAGGAAAUAGAAGAAUUAGAGCGAGAAGCUGAAAGGAAAAUCAUAGAAGAAAACAUCACGUCAGCUGUACCUUCCAAUGAGCAAGAUGAAGACUACUGCUCAGGGUUGAAACUAAAAACAGCAGAAUUGGAGGAGUCUGCUGAGGGAGAGACUGAGAAUGACAACGGUCAAGCUGAGGAUCAGGAAGAGAAGGAAGAUGCUGAGAAAGAAAACAUUGAGAAAGAUGAAGAUGAUGUUGAACAGGAACUUGCGAACAUAGACCCUACGUGGAUAGAAUCACCUAAAACCAACGGCCAUAUUGAGAAUGGACCCUUCUUACUGGAACAGCAGCUAGAUGAUGAAGAUGAGGAUGAAGAAGAUUGCCCAAAUCCUGAGGAAUAUAACCUUGAUGAGCCAAAUGCAGAAAGUGAUUAUACAUAUAGCAGCUCCUAUGAACAAUUCAAUGGUGAAUUGCCAAAUGGACAACAUAAAAUUCCAGAGUCACAGUUUCCAGAGUUUUCCACUUCAUUGUUCUCUGGGCCCUUAGAUCCUGUGGCCUGUGGCUCUGCACUUUCUGAGGGAUCCCCCCUUACCGAGCAAGAGGAAGGCAGUCCAUCCCAUGACAGAAGCAGGACGGUUUCAGCCUCCAGUACUGGGGAUUUGCCAAAAACAAAAACCCGGGCAGCUGACUUGUUGGUGAACCCCCUCGAUCCACGGAAUGCAGAUAAAAUUAGAGUUAAAAUUGCUGACCUGGGAAAUGCUUGUUGGGUGCAUAAACACUUCACAGAAGACAUCCAGACGCGUCAGUAUAGAUCCAUAGAGGUUUUAAUAGGAGCAGGUUACAGUACGCCUGCUGACAUUUGGAGCACGGCGUGUAUGGCAUUUGAGCUGGCAACGGGAGAUUAUUUGUUUGAACCGCAUUCUGGGGAAGACUAUUCCAGGGAUGAAGACCACAUAGCCCACAUCAUAGAGCUUCUAGGCAGUAUCCCAAGGCAUUUUGCUCUGUCUGGAAAAUAUUCUCGGGAAUUCUUCAAUCGCAGAGAUCACAUAGCAUUGAUCAUUGAACUGCUGGGGAAAAUCCCUCGAAAAUACGCUAUGUUGGGGAAAUAUUCCAAGGAGUUUUUCACCAGAAAAGGUGAACUGCGGCACAUCACCAAGCUGAAGCCCUGGAGCCUCUUUGAUGUACUUGUGGAAAAGUAUGGUUGGCCCCAUGAAGAUGCUGCACAGUUUACAGAUUUUCUGAUCCCCAUGUUAGAAAUGGUUCCAGAAAAACGAGCCUCUGCUGGCGAAUGCCUUCGGCAUCCUUGGUUGAAUUCUUAGCAGAUUCUACAAAUACAGCCUUCUGAGCUAGCAGAUGUUUUCCAGUACUUGGACCUAAACGGUGACUCUCAUUCUUUAACAGGAUUACAAGUGAGCUGGCUUCAUCCUCAGAUCUUUAUUUUGCUUUGAGGUACUGUUGUUUGACAUUUUGCUUUUUGUGCACUGUGAUCCUGGGGAAGGGUAGGUAGUCUUUUGUCUUCGGCUAAGUAGUUUACUGAUCCACUUUCUUCUGGAAACAAUAACAUGUCUCUAAGCAUUGUUUCUUGUGUUGUGUGACAUACAAAUGUCUUCUUUUUUUUUUGAACAAAAAAUUCUUCACUCUUUGUGUUUUGGCAGGUUUUGUAACUAUUUAUGAAGAAAUAUUUUAGCUGAGUACUAUAUAAUUUACAAUCUUAAGAAAUUAUCAAGGUGGAACCAAGAAAUAGCAAGGAAAUGUACUAUUUUAUCUUCUGGCAAAGGGACAUCAUUCCUGUAUUAUAGUGUAUGUAAAUGCACCCUGUAAAUGUUAAUUUCAUUAAAUAUGGGAUGGGGACUCAAAUUUCAGAAAAGCUCCCAAGUCUUAGUGCUCUGUAGCCUAAGUUGCAUGUAGCAGACAAGGAGUUGUGCAAACUUUUCAUUCCAUAACAGUCCUUUUACAUUGGAUUUUAAACAAAGUGGCUCUGGUUUCCAAGAUUUCAUUCCCUGUAUGGCACUUUAAAGGAAGAAAACACAUGCUUCUCGUUCUAAAAUAUGCAUUAUAGUUAAAACUUCCAUUCGUAUUUUUGCAUAUUUUUUAAAGUACUUUUAAAGAAAGAGUGAUGUCCCUUUAAAAAUGUGAUAACCUGGUACCAUGUGGUGUUGCCUCCUCCAAGCACUGUAAGUUAAACUAUACAUAGAUUAAAUUGGACAACAGAAAAUAUGUUCAGUGUGUGGAAUGAAAGUACCUUUUUUUUUUUUUUUUUUUUUGGGAAAAACAUUAGUGUUUGUCUAAAACACACAGUAUGGUGUAACAAUUUGCAGUGCAGUGGGCAGAAUGACUCGAAGAUAACAGUGAUCACAUUCAUUCCAUAGGCAUGUGUUGCUACAACAAAUUUUACUACCUUUUUCAUUGCCUUUCCAUGAAUUGAAGUAGAGAAAAUGAUUUUCCCUUUGCAAAUUUCACAGUUUUGUUUAUGCAUUUCCUUAAAAUUAAGUGUAGAAUCCAGGACACAACCAUAGUAGGCAAUACUAUUUUAGAAUGUAAUAUACAGAGGUAUAUUUAGCCUUUUAGAAGUCAGUGGGAUGAAUGUCAGGUCUUUUUAAUUUUACAUUCAUUAAGGUGCCUCGUUUUUCUUGACUUCGUCCAUUACAAUUUAUCCAUAUGCCUUUGCAAUAACUAGAUUGUGACAGAAUACCAAGCAUUGUAAUAAUCCAUUGUUUGAGGUGCUUGUAGUUGUCUGAAACUUAAAUACAAAGUUUUUUUUUGUUGUCCCCCCACCCCCAGACAUUUCCUUGGUCAUUAGCCUAUAUUUGAAGUGACAGAAUCAGCAAACAUCUGCUAUGAUUUUUAGUGCAGUGAAACCAGAACUAAAGGAAAUAUCUGCAUUCCUUUUGCUGGAAAUGUAGUUGUAUAACAUUAAGGUUUAUUAAAAGGAAGUCAAUUAUUAUUUUGUAAGGGCAGAAUAAUCAUUUAGAAAAGAUGCUGCAGUAUAGAGUCAUUAUGUAGAAUUUCUACAAUCCAUUCUUACCUAUGUUUCAUCAAAAACUUUUUUUUUUUUUUUAACAGUAUUCACUGUCAGGGAAUAAGACACACAAUCCUUUUAGGAAUUAGCAUUAUGUCACCUACCACCGUGAGGUAGAACAUACCAUUCAUUUAAGAAUGUUAACUUUUUCUAAUAGGACUAUGGGUUACCAUGUAGCUUUCUAUGACAGAUGGCAGCUGUAAGUGAUGUAGUGAUGCUGUCCACAGUCUCCACAGGAAACUUUCUUAUGAGAACCACAGAGUACAUUUGUGUCUUCCCUAAGUCUAUAAGGAUUUUUACCAGGGUGGCCACACACGAAUGAAAUCUGUCUAGUGCAAGUUUGGCCCCUGUUGGAAAACCAGAUGGUGCGUUUUUUUUUUUAAGGGUGUGUCUCAUAAGAUAAAAUAGCCUAACUAGUUAACAAUAUAGAAACAGAUUGUCCUAGGAGUAUACAUUUUGUGACUUGUUGAUAAAGGAGGCAUGUACGCUAAAUGGGAACAACUGAUUACGCAGCUUAGGGUUGAAUUGUCCUUUUCUAUCUUUAGUCCAAGUGAAGUCUUCAUGGAAAAUGAUAAGCAGUGGAAGCAUGUAUGUGCUUAUAUCAAAUUCAGAAACUGAUUGUCUGGAAACUGGUAGGCAGAACUGCCCAAAGGCAGAGAAUUUUGGAGCUUUAAAAAAAAAAAAAAAAGGCAUAACUGAGGUGAAACAGCUUUACUAACUUGCUUCUUAUUAUGUUAUUAUACCUGGUAUACAUGGACCAUACAUAACUGGUAAAAAAGAUAAAGUAAGAUCACUGUUUCUACUGGGGUAGAGAAUUUCAGUCUGUGUCUAUAAUUGAAAUUAUUUCUUAAAUUUCACUUUUGUCUCCCAUUUGUUUUGAAAAUAACUAAUUAAAUUUUAGUAAAGCACAGUAUUUGAGAGUGCAGUGUCCCUCAUAACGGAGUCAAAAGAAUUAUGUAAGAUUCUGCAGUUUAGAAAAAAGCUUCUAUACACAUUAUUUGUAUAGUAGGCAAAUUUAAAACUGAGUUACUAAAAAUUUUUAGAAGGACAGUUCAUUUAAAGGGCUGAGUGCUGAUAUUUUACCAUAACUAGUUAACUGUUCCAUGCUGAAACUAUCAGGGGAUGGAUGCUGUAAAGCCAGUUCUUCUUUAGUGAAUGUUUUUUUAAUGAAUACCAUAGGUAGAAUUUUGUUUGACAAGUCAAGGAUGGCAAAGUUGACCUAAGUUCGCCUAAAACCUAAAGCUGGUUAAGAAAGAUUGAGUGAGUUCUAAAAGCAUAUGCGUUAAAGUCACUAUCAAUCAUUAGCUAGUUUUCAAAAGGAAAUGGAAAUUAAAAGAAUGAAAUAUGACAAAUUACUACCAAA